AUCAUUUUUUUCAUUUCUACAUAACACACGCGAAAACACAGUAUAGAGAAAAAUCAAAUCAACUCAAAUCUCGGGGACUCAAAAGUUGGAUUUUCAUUCGUUUUUUCCAUUUACCGAUUCAAUCUUCAAAACCCAAGUCUCCAAAUUUUCGUUUGAUCUUUCCGGUUCCUGUUCUGGGUUGUUUGGCUUGUUCGAUUUUCUCGAGAAAAUCCGACUAUUUUCUCGGCCGGAGUCGAAAGUACGAUGAAAAACGGCGAUUUCCGGUGAAAUAGAGAAGCGGAGAUGAGUGGUAUUAAUGGAGACUCGAGAACUGGUAACACCGCUUUUGAGACUAUAAACGCAGCUGCUUCCGCGAUCGCAGCCGCGGAGAACCGUGCGCCUCACGCCACCGUUCAGAAGAGAAGGUGGGGUAGUUUCUUGAGCACAUAUUGGUGUUUUGGAUUUCAAAGACACAGAAAGAGCAUUGGGCAUAUUGCUCCAGAACCGACGGACCCUGGAGGUGAUGCUUCAAGAGCGGAAAGUUCAAUCCAGGCACCUUCAAUUGUAUUUCCCUUUGUUGCACCUCCAUCCUCUCCUGCAUCGUUUCUUCAAUCAGAACCACCUUCGGUCACACAAUCACCAGCUACUGGUUUUUUCUCUCUUUCAGCAAGCAUGUACUCCCCUGGGCCUGCCUCAAUUUUUGCUAUCGGUCCUUAUGCUCAUGACACCCAGUUGGUCUCACCGCCUGUUUUCUCAACCCUCACUACCGAACCAUCAACUGCUCCCUUUACUCCUCCUCCUGAGUCUGUUCAUUUGACUACCCCUUCCUCGCCCGAGGUUCCAUUUGCUCAGCUUCUCGAUCCCCACUUCCGGAAUGGUGAAGUUGGUCAGAGAUUCCCAUUAUCUCACUACGAGUUUCCAUCUUACCAACUUUACCCUGGAAGCCCGGUUGGUCAGCUUAUAUCGCCAAGCUCAGGUAUCUCAGGUUCUGGUACUUCGUCUCCUUUUCCCGACCGCGACUUUGCUGUUGGUGGUCCUCACUUCCUGGAAUUCCGAACAGGUGAUCCUCCUAAGCUCUUGAACCUUGACAUUCUUUCCACCCGUGAUUGGGGUUCAAGACUAGCUUCUGGUUCUGUGACCCCUGAUGGUGGAAAGUCAACAGUUUCUGAUGGUUUCCUUCAAAAGCCUCAAACCCCUGAGGUUGUAUUAAAUCCACGAUCCAACACUAGAGGUAGAAAUAAUGGAAUUGUGAUCAACCAUAGAGUUUCCUUUGAGUUAAGUUCUGAAGCAAUUGUAAGAAGUGUAGAAAAAAAGACGGUGGCGUUAGCGGAAGCUGCAUCAACUUCUAUACAAGAAACAGAAAAGGGCCAGAGCGAAGAGGAUCCUUGCAAAGCAAUGAGCAGUGCCGAGUGUCCUGCCUGUGAGACACACAGUGAUGUACCAGAGAAGGCUGUGGCUGACGAGGAGGAUGCACAGCUGCACCAGAAGCACCGAUCCAUCACGCUUGGUUCUAGUAAGGAAUUCAAUUUUGACAAUGCUGAUGGAGGAGAUUCAGGUAACUCGAAUACUAUUGGCUCCGACUGGUGGGCAAAUGAGAAAGUUAGUCCGAAGGAAAACGGGACACCAAAGAAUUGGUCUUUCUUCCCUAUGGUGCAGCCGGGUGUUAGCUAACUAGUAUGCAUCUCGCUCGUUGCCUCCGUAUCCGUGGAGCAUCAGAGGUACGACAGGCCUUUGGUUAUUGAAACCGGUCAACACAUAUACAGUGCCACAAUGGCCGCAAAUUACUGAGAAAUUUUGGGUUAUAGAUUGGGAAAUCUACUAGAUGAUGACUGAGCCAGGUCUAAGGCUGUUUUUUUGUACAUGGUGACCUGGAAUUCAAGCUCGAAAGACAGGUAUGGAUACUAUAAAACCACAGAUUAGUGUCAGUUUUCGGAUAUGUUAAAUGUGUUUUAUGUAUUAUAAAUUACAAUAGAAGCAGAUAAGGAUGAUGUUAUUAAAUAAAUGAUGGUAGAAUGCUAAUUGAUUAAAGUUGUUGCCUUUA